CACACUGCAGUAUACACGUGCAAACUGAAUUUUAAAAGAAAACAAUAUAAUUAUCCGCUAUAACAUGAAGAAAAAACAGGUGGAAAGUGCAUCCGAGGAAGAGGAAUUGCUGACAGGGGACUCCGAAGCUUCAGAAGAGGAAGAAUUGCAGGAAGAAGACUCUGACAAAGAGGAACUGCAGGCGGACGACUCGGAAGACGAGGAGUUCGAUGGAUCCGAAUUGGAUCUCGAUGCCAGUUCCACCGAGUCCGAUGAUGAUGACGAGGAUGAAGUCAAGCCCGAGCCAAAAAGUCGUGCCGAGAUUAUCGACCACCAGAUUCACACCAAGUACGAGCAACUGAAAGGCACUCGACUGUACGUCCGUUUUCCCCAGAAACUGCCCCUAGACUUGGAGGAAUUCAAUGCCAAGGUGAAGGCUCUGCAUCCACUUGUAUUAAAAUCGACAAAGCCUCGCCAGAAGCACGCCCGCUUCUGCCUGGUGGACUUCAAGUCCAAGGAAGAUCGCGACCAGGGCUUUAAGGACAUCAAAGCAUCCAUCGAAAAGGAUGAAAAAUACAAGGGAAUAUUUGUAUCCCUGCCCAAGACCGAUUCCGAUGAUUUCGUUAAUGAGCUAGUGUCCCGCAAACAGACAUCGGUGGAGAAAAAACGCACAAAGACCCUGAUGAAACGAGCUACAAAGAAGGUGCUGGCCAAGGGAAACUUUACAUCGUCGGUGGUCAUUACCAAUCUACCGAAGACCAGUUCGGUGGCUCAGGUGCGCCAGCUGUUCCAGGAGGCGGUGGACAUUCAAAUACGUCCGGGUAAGGGAAAAUUCCGUGACUACAGUGCUGCGACCGUAACCCUGCCAACAACCCACGAUGCACGCAAGGUCAUCAAACAAAAGUUCAGUCUAGCGGGCACGCCACUGCAACUGCGUUUCAACACUCAAAAAAAAAAGCGGACAACGAAAGAUAAGCUGAAGUUUAAGGCGGAGAAUGGGAAAUCCCCCGAAAAAACUGCCCAGAAGCAAAAACAAAAUGAUAAUGAAAAGUCAAAAACGGUUAAAGGGGAUACCCUUAAAAUUAAGAAACCAGAAAUAAAGACUCAGCAGAAGCAGAAAGAAAAUCUGAAGAGGAAGGCGCCCAAGGAAAAGAUCCCUAACAUUAAGACACCGAAAAAGUUAAAGAAACUAAGUGAACAAUAGAACAUCGUUAACGUUAAUUUAAAUAAAAUUUUCCAAUUUUGACAAUUA